AUGGCCGAUGUCCCGGCGGAGUGUAACAUAAAAGUGCUGUGUCGCUUUCGUCCUCUUAACCAGUCGGAGAUUGUACGUGGGGACCAGUUCAUCCCCAAAUUCCAAGGGGAUGACACAGUCCUCGUCGGGGGGAAGUCCUACGCGUUCGAUCGAGUGUUUCCCACCAACACCACCCAGGAGCAGGUGUACAACACCUGCGCCAAGCAGAUUGUCAAAGAUGUUCUGGGUGGAUACAAUGGCACUAUCUUCGCAUAUGGACAAACCGCCUCCGGGAAGACUCACACCAUGGAGGGCAAGCUGCACGACCCUCACCAGAUGGGUAUCAUUCCUCGCAUCGCUGAGGACAUUUUCAAUCACAUCUUUGCCAUGGAUGAAAACCUGGAAUUCCACAUCAAGGUUUCAUACUUUGAAAUCUACAUGGACAAAAUCCGUGACCUUCUGGAUGUGACAAAGACCAACCUGUCUGUCCAUGAGGAUAAGAAUAGGGUGCCAUUUGUCAAGGGAUGCACUGAGCGCUUUGUCUCCAGCCCCGAUGAGGUGAUGGAUGUGAUUGACGAGGGCAAAGCUGCCCGCCACGUUGCUGUGACCAACAUGAACGAGCACAGUUCUCGCAGCCACAGCAUCUUCCUGAUCAACAUCAAGCAGGAGCACGUGGAGACUGAGCAGAAACUGUGUGGGAAACUCUACCUGGUGGAUCUGGCUGGCAGUGAGAAGGUCAGUAAGACUGGAGCUGCAGGAGCCGUCCUGGAUGAGGCUAAAAACAUCAACAAGUCUCUGUCUGCUCUGGGAAAUGUCAUCUCUGCAUUGGCUGAGGGCACGAAAAGUCACGUGCCGUACCGUGACAGCAAAAUGACCCGCAUCCUGCAGGACUCCCUCGGAGGGAACUGUCGCACCACCAUGUUCAUCUGCUGCUCUCCCUCCAGCUACAACGACGCGGAGACCAAGUCAACUCUGAUGUUCGGACAACGUGCCAAGACCAUCAGGAACACCGCCUCCAUCAACCUGGAGCUGACGGCAGAGCAGUGGAAGAAGAAGUUUGAGAAGGAGAAGGAGAAGAACAAAACUCUGAAGGAAACCAUCCAGAAGCUGGAGAUUGAGCUCAACCGCUGGAGAAACGGAGAGGACGUACCUGAGAUGGAGCAGACCACGGAAGACUUGGUGACCCGUUUCGAGACAGUGGAGGAGCGUCCCAUUUUGGACAACGACACCUCCUCCAUUGUUGUCCGCAUUUCCGAGGAGGAGCGGCAGAAGUACGAGGAGGAGAUCCGCAAGCUGUACAAGCAGCUGGAUGACAAGGAUGAUGAGAUCAACCUGCACUGCCAGUUGGGAGAGAAACUGAAGCAGCAGAUGCUGGACCAGGAUGAGCUCCUGGCCUCAUCCAAGGGCGAUGGGGACAAGGUCCAGGCUGAACUUGGCAGGCUUCAGGUGGAGAGCGACUGCGCCAAGGCCGAGGUGAAGGAAGUGCUGCAAGCUCUGGAGGAGCUGGCCAUCAACUACGACCAGAAGAGCCAGGAGGUGGAGGAGAAAGGCCUGCAGAACCAGCUGCUGGCCGACCAACUGUCCCAGAAAAUGGCCAGUCUGAUGGAGCUGGAGGCAGAGCUCUCUCGUAUGCAGGAAGUGAGCGGGCAGCAGAGGAAACGCAUCGCUGACGUCCUCAAUGGUCUGAUGAGGGACCUCAGCGAGUUCAGCAAUAUUGUGGGCAACGGGGAGAUCAAGCUGCCGGUGGAGAUCAGUGGUGCGAUCGAGGAGGAGUUCACGGUGGCUCGCCUUUACAUCAGCAAGAUCAAGUCUGAGGUGAAGAGCAUGGUGAAGCGCUGCCGCCAGCUGGAGAACAUGCAGCUGGAGUGCCACCGCAAGAUGGAGGAGACCGGGAGGGAGCUCUCCUCCUGCCAGCUGCUCAUCUCUCAGCAUGAAGCUAAGAUCCGCUCUCUGACGGAGUACAUGCAGAGCGUGGAGCAGAAGAAGAGGCUGCUGGAGGAGAGCCACGACUCCCUGAGCGAAGAGCUGGCCAAGCUCCAAGAGCAGGAUAACUCCCUGCUUGAGGAGAAGGAUGGAGAGAAGGGUGAGAUGGAGGAUGGAAAUGUGAAGAAGGUUCCUCGACAGCAGGGGGAGUCUCACCGUGGCCUCCAUCACAAGCAGCUGGCCCGCCUGCGGGAUGAGAUCAACGAGAAGCAGAGGAUCAUUGAUGAGCUCACCGAUCGUAACUUCAAGCUGGAGCUUGAGCUCGCUCAGGUUCGUGCGGACUUUGAGCGCCUGAAGAGUCAGGACACCACCAAGAGUGAGCGCCUGGAGGAGCUCUCAUUCCUGCAUGAGCGUCACGAGCAGACUAAACAGGAUUUAAAGGGGCUGGAGGAGACUGUCGCCCGCGAACUCCAGACCCUCCACAACCUGCGCAAGCUGUUCGUUCAAGACCUCACGUCGCGGGUUAAAAAAAGUUCCGAAAUGGAGCCUGAUGAUAGCGGGGGGUCUUGCACCCAGAAGCAGAAGAUUUCCUUUCUUGAGAAUAACCUGGACCAACUUACAAAGGUUCACAAACAGCUGGUACGUGACAAUGCAGAUCUGCGCUGUGAGCUUCCAAAGUUGGAGAAACGUCUUCGGUCUACUGCUGAGAGAGUUAAGGCCCUGGAGACUGCACUGAGGGAUGCCAAGGAGGGCGCAAUGAUGGACCGCCGCCGCUACCAGCAGGAGGUCGACCGCAUCAAGGAUGCCAUGAGGGCAAAGAGCGCCCUGAGGCGUCCCCAUGCAGCACAGAUCGCCAAGCCAGUGAGACCGAAGCAGCUGCCCGUCUGCUCUCCCACCAACCCGUUCUACACUUACAUCCGUGCCACUGAACAAGCCAACACCUACAGCAACGCCCUCUUCCAGAGCAGCGGGACACAGCCGAGCGCCGCCAGCGUCAACUGCAACCCCAACUCUGUCCAGAGCAACACAGUGUCCACAGCACUGGGCUACAGAGCAGGCAGAUACACUGGAGACAUACUGGAGUCCUUCCCACUCAACAUUGAAAACGGUAACAACAUCAGUGAAACGAGAGACAUCAAUGACAACAGAAGUGAUGUUCACUGUGGCAGCGAGGUGGAUGAUUCAAACAGGCAUUACAUCAUUCAGCAGGAGACCGCUGCAAGUUAA